CCAGUGCAGGCAACAGCCCGAAAAGCCCAUGGGCUGGGCUGGGGCUGGUGGGCUAUCAGUUGAGCUGGGCUACACGCGCCGGGCUGGCGCCGACAUCGAGGCCGAGCAGGCGGAGGCGGAUUGGAGGCCGCUUCACUUAGUGGCUUGGGACGGACACACGGCUACAGUGCAGCUUCUGCUCGACCGGGAUGCCAACGUAAAGGCUACGACGAUAGACAACUGGACAUCACUUCACGAGGCUGCCGCGUACGGACUCGAAGAUACAUUGCAGAUACUGCUCGAUCUGAAUGCCGACAUAGAGGCCAAGACUAGCCUAGUGAAGCGACUGCUCAAAAAGAUUGCUGCCAUCGAGGAGUGA